AUGGAUGCAGCUGGCAUUGCUAAGUAUCGUUCUAUGGAUUCGGGUCAAAGAGCAACGUCGACAGCAUCCUUCAGUGUCAGCUUGCCUUAUUACAUCUUUCGAUGGUUUUCGUUACUGUUCCACCUAUUGGACACUUCCUUUCAUAGCAUCUGCAGCGGCAAGGCAACAAGUUCUAUAUCUUUUGGUGUCGCCGAGUUUUAUCUCGUCUUAUUGUGGUCCUGGUUGUUGACAACCCUUUCAAUGGAUAUCCUGCUAAACAUGCCUGUUAUCGGUGGAUCAUAUCAGCUACAAGCAAGAAGCAGCAAUGAGCAACAGAGCCCACGUCUUUACUAUGAUUCAUUUGCGACAGUGUGGUCAGCCCUAUCAUGGCCCUAUCAAUUGCAUUUGAGGAUUACUGCCUUAGCCGUUGGAAGCUAG